AUAAACAUGAAAAACUUAAACAUUAUUAAAAAUGAAUUAAAUAAAAUUAAUAAUAAUAAUAAAAAUCAAGUAAAUUUAUUAAAAGAUUUAUUAUUAUUAUUAAAUAAUAAAAGAUUAAACAACUCAUUAAAUAAUAAGUAUAUUUGAAAUUAUUUAAAUGAAUUAAGUAAUAAAGGUGUAAAAUUACAACAUUUAAAUAAUAUGAAUACUUGAUCUUCACAAAUUUAUAAAUUUAAUAAAAAUGAAGAAAUUAAUAUUAAUAUUUAUGAUAGAUUAGUUACUAAAUUAUUAACUAAAUUAUUAACUAUUAAUAUUAAUAAUAAUAUCUUUAAAUUAAUUAUUUCAAAACCUAUCUUUGAACAUAAUAUUAAUAAAGUUAAUAUUAAAUUCUUUUAUUAUAUUUCUAAUAAUAAUAAAAAUAAUAAUAUUAAUAAUGAUAAUAAUAAAUUAAUUAAUAGAUUAUAUAAUAAUUAUAAAUUAUCAAUUAAUGAUAAAUUAAUUAAUUUAUUAAAUAACAAUUUAAAUAGUAUUAGUAAUAUUUUAUCAUUAUAUUAUCAAAAAGAUGUAUCAUUUGAGCCUAUUCAAUUAAAAUAUAAUUAUAUGAAUAGUGAUAUUUUAGCUAAAUCUUUAAGAAUUAUGAAUUCAAAAAGAAGUUUAUCAAUGAAUAAAAUUAAAAAUUUAAUUAAUAAUAUGCCUAAAUUAAAUGAUAAAUUAAUUAGUCAAUCAUAUAUUAAUAAUAUUAAUAAUAUUAUGUUUAAUAAAUAUAAUAAUAUUAUUACAUCUAUUAAUAAUAAUAAUGAUAAUGAUAAAUUAUAUAAUAUUGUAUAUAAUAAUCAAAAUAUUGAUAGUAUUGCUAUGAAUAUUUUAAUGUAUAAAUAUUUAGUAGGUUUAUCAAUUCAAUUAAAAGGUAGAUUAUCAUCAAAUAAAUCUAUUUCAAGAUCAAAUACUAUGAAUAUUUUAAAAGGUACAUUCAAUAAUUAUAAAACUAUUUGAGGUAAUAGAAUGAUUAAUACAUAUAAAUUAAAUUAUAUUCCGGUAAAUCAUAAUAUUACUAAUAUUUCUGAUGUUAAUAAAAAUGGUAAAUAUAAUAUUAAAGUUAAAUUAAAUACUAUUUAA